AUUAACUGGGGAUGGAUUACAUGUGUGACACGCGGGAAAGGGCGCUGUAAAGAUUUGCUUAGCUCGCUAGCUUCUCAUGGCACGAAAUGCCGAUUUGCGGGUAAGUGAUACCAAUAAAGUUACUACAUUUGAAAGGUCAAUGUACUGACAACCUAGAAAAGUCGGGCGUCCAGUUUCGAGACACACAAACACACAAGGUUACUUGUUCACAAAUAUAAGUCGUUAGAUAGCAAGCUAAUAACAACAACACAAGCUAACUAACGUUACCAAACAACUACAUCAGGGUCAUUAGCGUGACUUGUAUCAUAAGAUUAUUUUAGCUACUAAGAAAUGUUUUAUAUAUCUGUGUUGACUUGGUUGUGCUUUUUUAUACUCUAACCUCAGCGCAACCGAGAAAGUGGCACAACUAGCCUGCUAACUUGGCUAGCUAAUAACAGCUAACUAGAUAGUAGCUUGGAUUUGCACACAAAUGAGACACAGCUAGCUGUCUUACUCGGCUAUAUUAAUUUUGUCUCGCUAGUAACUACUGCAAAUUGUUCAUCCUAUUGUCUUAUUCUAUAACAAAGUACAUUUUACAGUCUGCUAACGUUAGACCCCCUCAUGUAACUGUAACGUUAAGCUGUUGUGGUGUUCUUUCAGGCCUCGAAGCAUGAAAGGCCAGAAACGCAAAUCGAGCACCCCAGAACCACGGCCCAUGCGUUCUAAAGCCUUAAAGAGGGAUGAGACAACUUGUGCCCCCCAGAUCUCCAAUGGUGGUCCACUCUGCACUCUCUCUGUUAACAGACAUAUCUCCAUACCCACCCCAGCUAAGGGAAAGGGCUCUGGGAUGACGGUCCCAGAUGGGCUGUCACCAAGGAGGAACUCUCCCAGGUUCAAGCAGAAGCCUGUUGCUUCAGGUAUGGAGGGAUGAGAAAGGGAAGGGGGAAUGGAGAACUAGAGGGAGGAAUGACAAGUAACACAUAGUGUGUGUUGCGGAGAUAUGAAGGGAUGUGGGAGUUUGUGUGCAGGGGAAUUUCAUUGGUUUUACAUGCUUCGGUGGUGGGAAUGUGAUCAACUCCUAUCUCAUGGAGUAUUCAUCAGUCUGAAUACCUGUACUUGGCUGGUUGGUGGGGAAUUUCUCAUUGUUAAAUCUUUGUUUGUUUUGUGUCUGCUGCAGGUCAGUUUAUGAAUGGGGAGGAUUGUCAGCGAUCUCCCAGCCCCUUCGAGGCAGAGGAAGAGGACACAGGACUGGGCCUGGUAAUCACCUUAGGUGAGCUUCUCAACUCUGCUUCUUGUGACACGCCAAAUAGACAAGACCAAUUUCCAAAAACAGUAUAGUAUGAAAAAAAAAAAUAUAUAUAUAUAUAUAUGCACUCACUAACUGUAAGUCGCUCUGGAUAAGAGCGUCUGCUAAAUGACAAACAUUUAAUGGUCAAAUUAACAACCUGGGGAAAUUGCAGGAAAUUAGCUAUAAAACUGCAAUUUGUUCUCUGCCCCAUGGCAUUUUUUAAAAAAUUGCAUGAAAUGAGUUAUUAAAUUGCUCAAUCUUCUCUCCGCCCCAUGACAAAAUAUGUAGAAUUGCAGCAAACUUGCUUUCAAACCCCUUGGCAAAAUGCUUUCACACCCCUUGGCAAAAUGUGUGGAAUUGCAGGAAAUUAGCUCUCUCCGCUGUCAAGUGGGGGGCCGCUAAAAUGUUUUGCUCUCAACAAAAUGUCACUUAGUGUCCCCAAAAGGCUAGGGCCUGCUCUGACUGCAUGUGUGGGUAUGGAUGUUGGUACGCAGACCCGCGAGCCACUGCAGCCCCUCAUGAGGAGUUCAGAUUUUUUUGUGGCCCCCACCCCCAUCAAAGUUGCUCAUCCCUGCUCUAUAGGAAGUGGACAUACCCACCAUUUUGGAAACACUGAAUCAGAUUUGUAGUGUAUGAGAAUUGGAUUUCAUGUUUCUGUUUUGAUGUGCACAAAUUCAUUACUUACUUCUGUCUGAAGAUGGAGAGGAUUGUGGGGGCCAGAGGCUGAUGACGAGGAAGAGCAGCUCAAAAAUGAAGAGCGCUUUAGACAAUGGGCAGGAUGAGGGACACUCUGUGGAUGGAAAAAGGUCGUCGGAAGAUUCAUCCAGUGACAGCGAGGAGGAUGAGUUUGAGCAGCUGGAUAUGGAUCUGGAGAGGAAGUCACACCAACACAACUUGACCUCGGUCAAUGUCCGGACCAUCCUCCACGUGAGUUAGCUUGAGUCUCAAUCCAGGCAAAAGAGGGGUUAAUGCUAACUGCCAAGUACUAAUGUUAGUGUUGAAAAUGUUUGACUGACACUUGUGAAUGUUGCCCUCAGGAGGUGAUAACCAACGAGCAUGUAGUGGCCAUGAUGAAAGCAGCCAUCCAGGAGACGCAGGACCUACCCCUAUUUGUGAGUGUCAACUUACAGCAAGUAAUACUGACAGUACAACUCAGAAAUUGGUUGCUAAUAUCACUUGGGAGUUGCAUGUUUUAAAUAAUUUCUCUCUCCUCUUCCUGAAUUCAAUGUUGUUUUUAUCUUCUAUUUGCUUCCCUCAGGAGCCCAAGAUGACCCGCUCCAGACUGAAGGAGGUGGUAGAAAAGGGGGUGGUGAGUGUCCAGUAACACAACUUGCAGCAACCUUUUAAUAUUUUUUCCUGGGUGCAUCUCAAUAGUCUAAAGUGGCUUCCUCUUCUCUUGCAGGGCAUCCCCACCUGGAAUAUUUCUCCUAUCAAAAGGGCCCUUGAAGUGAAGGUAUGUCCCUGUCACACAUAGCGCUAGUGUCAUGUCAAAUAUUUUCUGUGAGCAAAGUCCUUUAUUACUCCUCACUAUUGUGUGUAGUCUCUGUUGCUUUGUCUAUCUCUGUUUCGCUCUUUCCCACUUUCAUCUCGCGCCCUACUUUCUCCCCAGCCCCCUCAGUUUGUUGACAUCCCUCUGGAGGAGGAGGAGGACUCCUCUGAUGAAGAGUACUGCCCCGAUGAGGAUGAGGAGGAUGAGACUGCAGAGGAGGUGUGGAAAAAUUCCAUCUCUGCUCCGUUAGUCAAUUCAUUUUUGUUCCAUCAAAAGUGUGUGCUAUAUGACUAAGAUGUCAUGCCUGUGACUUUGUUGUUUCAGACGUUUUGGAGCGACGUGGACAGCACAGCCUCGUCCCCACGAUGUGCCCGAGGGGCGCGGCCCAGGACCCCUGGACACUCUGAGUGUGAGGAGGACAGAUUUGACAGUCCCAGACAGGUAACACACCGCACCUCUGCAUUUGGCCUUUGAUUGAAAGUUCUCGAAAGAAAAAGAAGAAAAAAAAUUUUUUUAUUGUCACAUGCACAAGUACAGUGAAAUAUAAUACUAAAUGUAACACAAGGUAGAACAAAAACACACAAGAAAUAGAAAUAAGAACACAAGAAAGUAAGUAAACAUUCUAUAUACAGGGUCAGAGUUAACUGACGGAGUUAAUAUUUACAAUGUGCACUGGAUGAGUAAGAGUUAACUGUAAUGUUGGUCUUGGUUUAUGUUUAGAAGCCAAGGCAGCCCAGACAUCUGAGGGUGGAUACUGUUCCUAUGGGGCCCCCUCCGCCCCCGUCCUCCACUGGCCCCUCACGACCCCUCAGGGCCCAAGACUGCACCUUCCUGGAGAAGCUUCAUGCAGUGGAGGAAGAGCUGGAACUCAGCCCCAUCUCCACCGAACCCUUCCAGGUACUGAAACUGUUAAACUAUUCAUAGAUUGCACUUCCGUCACGUGGGCACGUCGUUGCCAUUGUUAUGAACGUUAUACAGACGCCGCAGCCAUAUUGGUGCCCGAACUGAUGCCCAGUCAUUUUGGACGGGGGCUAAUUGCCUGUUUAGUCUAAAUUACACUACAGUGGCUUGGAAAUAGGAUGACAGCGCUAAAGUAGGAAAAUAAUUAGUCGAAAAUGACUUUUCCAUCAUUAUGAUGUCGUUAAACUUACUUUAGAGAGAGGGCAAUGUUGCCAUUAGCUAGCAAAGUUUGUCAAAAAUAGCUAGCAAAAAUUCAGUGCUGUCCCCUCAAUCUUGGCUAGCUAGCUAAAGUUAUACUGCAUCUAAAGUCAAUCUGGCGACAUCACAAUUAUGACAAAAGGUUUUCCUACUAAUUAUUUGCCUCCUUUUGAAAUGUCAUCGUGUUUUCAAGCCACUGUAAUGCACUUUUGAUGGCAUCUUCAUCAACCCCAUUGACAAUGCAUUGAGUAGAACGUUCAUUCGGGCAUCAGUCCUCGAGAACGUUCAAAACAAAAUUGUGAUGAACCUUACAACCCGUGAAUACUAGCAGACUAUUCAGCUAUACUAGGAAAUCACCUGACUCUUAUCAGGAGACUAUUCAGCCAUAUCAGGAUCAAUGUGUCUGUUUCUUCAUUGGUUCCAUCUCUCUGUUUCCAGCCUCUGACUGGAGGUGCAGGGUCUAGCCUGGUGGCGUGUCGUACCCGCUCCAAACGGACCCUGAGGAACGUGCCCCUGGGCAAGCUGGAGGCGGAGCUACAUGCCCCUGACAUCACGCCUGACAUGUACGACUACAGCUUGGCCCUGGAGGACCGCGACUGGAGCGAGUGGCUGCAGGGCCUCAUGACAUCCGACAUGGAGAAUGAAGGUUAGGAGUCAAAGAAAGGGAUGAUGGGCAGAGAGGGAGGGUUCAAGGAUGGGCGAUGUACUAUAGAAAUGGAAUGGUCCAAUCAUGUAGAAACCGAUGCAAUAGGAUUUUACGCUGUUGCGUAUGGAACACAUCAUUCUCAAAAAUGGGCCAUGGAUUCAGUUGUUUUGGGAGCAAAUACUUUAUUAGUGAAAUACACAAAAGUUGGCACUCCUCCAAACACUGAAAAGUGUCAAGCAGGCAGACGGAGACAGAUGGGGCUGCAUUUAACCUGUGUGUGUACACAUGUUUUACGGGAGGUAUGUGUGUGUAUUGCCGGUUUAAUUGCUCUCGGUCUGUUUGCUCUGUCAUGUUUUGCUCAUUUUGACCUUUCCCCCACUUCUGCUCUCCUCCUGUUUGUCUCUCCCGCUCUGCCUCCCUCUCCCGCUCUGCCUCCCUCUGCCUCAUCUCUCUCACUUCUUCUUCACUGGUUAUGGCUAUGGUUGUGUGUUGACAGCCCUUUUACCCUUAGGCCAUAUACAGUGGCUUGCGAAAGUAUUCACCCCCAUGGCAUUUUUCCUAUUUUGUUGCCUUACAACCUGGAAUUAAAAUUGUUUUUUUGGGGGGUUUGUAUCAUUUGAUUUACACAACAUGCCUACCACUUUGAAGAUGCAAAAUAUAUUUUCUUGUGAAACAACAAGAAACAAGACAAAAAAACAGAACUUGAGCGUGCAUUACUAUUCACCCCCCCCCCACCCCCCAAAGUCAAUACUUUGUAGAGCCACCCUUUGCAGCAAUUACAGCCACAAGUCUCUUGGGGUAUGUCUCUAUAAGCUUGGCACAUCUAGCCACUGGGAUUUUUGCCCAUUCUUCAAGGCAAAACUGCUCCAGCUCCUUCAAGUUGGAUGGGUUCCGCUGGUGUACAGCAAUCUUUAAGUCAUACCACAGAUUCUCAAUUGGAUUGAGGUCUGGGCUUUGACUAGGCCAUUCCAAGGCAUUUAAAUGUUUCCCCUUAAACCACUUGAGUGUUGCUUUAGCAGUAUGCUUAGGGUCAUUGUCCUGCUGGAAGGUGAACCUCCGGCCCAGUCUCAAAUCUCUGGAAGAAUGAGGAUGGUGUUAAAUAAUAAAAUAACAAUAUGCCAUUUAGCUUUUAUCCAAAGCGACUUACAGUCAUGCGUGCAUACAUUUUUGUGUAUGGGUGGUCCCGGGGAUCGAACCCACUAACUUGGCUUUGUUCUCGGGGUGAUGAGAGGUGUUGGGUUUGCGCCAGAGAUAGCGUUUUCCUUGAUGGCCAAAAAGCUCAAUUUUAGUCUCAUCUGACCAGAGUACCUUCUUCCAUAUGUUUGGGGAGUCUCCCACAUGCCUUUUGGUGAACACCAAACGUGUUUGCUUAUUUUUUUCUUUAAGCAAUGGCUUUUUUCUGGCCACUCUUCCGUAAAGCCCAGCUCUGUGGAGUGUACGGCUUAAAGUGGUCCUAUGGACAGAUACUCCAAUCUCCACUGUGGAGCUUUGCAGCUCCUUCAGGAUUAUCUUUGGUCUCUUUGUUGCCUCUGAUUAAUUCCCUACUUGCCUGGUCUGUGAGUUUUGGUGGGCGGCCCUCUCUUGGCAGGUUUGUUGUGGUGCCAUAUUCUUUCCAUUUUUUAAAUAAUGGAUUUAACUUUAUCCCUGACCUGUUUGGAGAGCUCAUUGGUCUUCAUGGUGCCGCUUGCUUGGUGGUGUUGCAGACUCUGGGGCCUUUCAGAACAGGUGUAUACAGUGAGGGAAAAAAGUAUUUGAUCCCCUGCUGAUUUUGUACGUUUGCCCACUGACAAAGAAAUGAUCAGUCUAUAAUUUUAAUGGUAGGUUUAUUUGAACAGUGAGAGACAGAAUAACAACAACAAAAAUCCAGAAAAACGCAUGUAAGUUAUACAUUGAUUUGCCUUUUAAUUAGGGAAAUAAGUAUUUGACCCCCUCUCAAUCAGAAAGAUUUCUGGCUCCCAGGUGUCUUUUAUACAGGUAACGAGCUGAGAUUAGGAGCACACUCUUAAAGGGAGUGCUCCUAUUCUCAGCUUGUUACCUGUAUAAAAGACACCUGUCCACAGAAGCAAUCAAUCAAUCAGAUUCCAAACUCUCCACCAUGGCCAAGACUAAAGAGCUCUCCAAGGAUGUCAGGGACAAGAUUGUAGACCUACACAAGGCUGGAAUGGGCUACAAGACCAUCGCCAAGCAGCUUGGUGAGAAGGUGACAACAGUUGAUGAGAUUAUUCGCUAAUGGACGAAACACCAAAGAACGGUCAAUCUCCCUCGGCCUGGGGCUCCAUGUAAGAUCUCACCUCGUGGAGUUGCAAUGAUCAUGAGAACGGAGAGGAAUCAGCCCAGAACUACACGGGAGGAUCUUGUCAAUGAUCUCAAGGCAGCUGGGACCAUAGUCACCAAGAAAACAAUUGGUAACACACUACGCCGUGAAGGACUGAAAUCCUGCAGCGCCCGCAAGAUCCCCCUGCUCAAGAAAGCACAUAUACAGGCCCGUCUGAAGUUUGGCAAUGAACAUCUGAAUGAUUCAGAGGAGAACUGGGUGAAAGUGUUGUGGUCAGAUGAGACCAAAAUCGAGCUCUUUGGCAUCAACUCAACUCGCCGUGUUUGGAGGAGGAGGAAUGCUGCCUAUGACCCCAAGAACACCAUCCCCACCGUCAAACAUGGAGGUGGACACAUUAUGCUUUGGGGGUGUUUUUCUGCUAAGGGGACAGGACAACUUCACCGCAUCAAAGGGACGAUGUACGGGGCCAUGUACCGUCAAAUCUUGGUUGAGAACCUCCUUCCCUCAGCCAGGGCAUUGAAAAUGGGUCGUGGAUGGGUAUUCCAGCAUGACAAUGACCCAAAACACACGGCCAAGGCAACAAAGGAGUGGCUCAGGAAGAAGCACAUCAAGGUCUUGGAGUGGCUAGCCAGUCUCCAGACCUUAAUCCCAUAGAAAAUCUGUGGAGGGAGCUGAAGGGUUCGAGUUGCCAAACGUCAGCCUCGAAACCUUAAUGACUUGGAGAAGAUCUGCAAAGAGGAGUGGGACAAAAUCCCUCCUGAGAUGUGUGCAAACCUGGUGGCCAACUACAAGAAACGUCUGACCUCUGUGAUUGCCAACAAGGGUUUUGCCACCAAGUACUAAGUCAUGUUUUGCAGAGGGGUCAAAUACUUAUUUCCCUCAUUAAAAUGCAAAUCAAUUUAUAACAUUUUUGACAUGUGUUUUUCUGGAUUUUUGUUGUUGUUAUUCUGUCUCUCCCUGUUCAAAUAAACCUACCAUUAAAAUUAUAGACUGAUCAUGUCUUUGUCAGUGGGCAAACGUACAAAAUCAGCAGGGGAUCAAAUACUUUUUUCCCUCACUGUAUAUAUACUGAGAUCAUGUGACAGAUCAUGUGACACUUAGAUUGCACACAGGUGGACUUUAUUUAACUAAUUAUGUGACUUCUGAAGGUAAUUGGUUGCACCAGAUCUUAUUUAGCGGCUUCAUAGCAAAGGGUGUGAAUACAUAUGCACGCACCACUUUUCCGUUAUUUAUUUUUUAGAAUUGUUUGAAAUAAGUUAUUUUUUUCAUUUCACUUCACCAAUUUGGACUAUUUGGUGUAUGUCCAUUACAUGAAAUCCAAAUAAAAAUUAAUUGAAAUUACAGGUUGUAAUGCAACAAAAUAGGAAAAAUGCCAAGGGGGAUGAAUACUUUUGCAAGGCACUGUAUCUUUCUUAACUUUUAAACAGUUUAAAAUAAAUGUUUCUCUGUGUCUCUCGCUAUCUCCGCCUUGUCUUUUCUCUCGCAGAAGAGGGUGAUGAUGAUGAUGACCCAGAGUAUAAUUUCCUGGAGGAUCUGGAUGAGCCUGACCGAGAGGACUACAGGAACGACCGGGCUGUACGCAUCACCAGUGAGUCUCUUCAUAAUGUUUCCAUACAUCAAUCCUAACCACAGAUAUAUGGGGGCCUGGUAAAUUCCAUUUGUUUAAUUUAAGGAAAAAAAUAAACCAACCUAUUUCCUUUCUCCCUCUCUUUCAGAAAAGGAAGUGAACGAGCUAUUGGAGGAACUUUUCGAGACGGUGAGGAGGAUUAUGGUAUCAUAUCUGCAAGUCUCUCUCUUUUCAAUAAUAUUUUGUCUUUUUCUGAAUCUCACUGUCUUUUAACCCCUUUAGUUCCAGGAUGAUGAGCUAAUAGUGAAUGGGCAGGAUGACGAUGGGCACGAAGAAGAUGAAGAGAGGGAGGAAGGCAGCUCCACCCCCAGAGCGCUCCUCAAUUCAACGUUCCACAAGCCAUUCGGUAUGAUUCCACCCUAACCGUCUCCCUAUUUCUCUCAGGAAAGAAAGGGCUUUCAAAAAGUGUACCGCAAACCCAGUAAGUAAGUAGCCUUGAGCCGGAACAGCUCGUAGGAGCAGAUCUCCUGUUUCUGUAGCAUGAGGCAGCUUGAUGUACAAGUAGACCCCCUGGACAGGACGCUAGUCUAUCGCAGGGCCUUACCCCCAAUCUAUCUCCUUAAUGCUGAGUGCCAAGCAGAGGCGCAUUGGGUCCCAUUUUUACAGUCUUUGGUAUGACUCGGCCAGGAAUCGAACUCCCCAACCUUCCAAUCUCAGGGUGGACACUAACCACAAGGUCACUGAGUUGGUCCACCAACCCAGUACCCCAUAUUAAUAGUGAUAUUGAGCUUUUAAUGCAGAGCAAACAACAAGAGGAAGCAACUAGACUUUUGAGAUGCGCUUAUGUUUCAUAAAAUAGCAUUAUGAUGAGCCAUAUAAUCCAUUGUUUCCUGGUCCUCCUUGAGUCAACGGUGCUAUCUAUCCCAGCACUUAAUGGAUGUGAAUGUGUGACAGUUUAGCUCACCCUUGCUUCCUUUUUCUACACACACACACACACGGUCCUCCUCUUGUUGACUUUGUGCUGGUUGGUGAGCCAAGUUGGCCAUCUGUCGUAUGUGUUAUGAACAACUGCAGGAUACGUGACUGCAGCCGCCCAUGCGUUUGAGCCUAUCCAUCUAUGACAUUCUAGGAAUUACUUGAAAUGACGUACACACACACACACACACACACACCAAGGCCUCCCUUCGGGACAGAGCAGCAGAGGGGUGCUGUAUCUGCUUGGGUAGGGAGGCAGAGAAAUGCUCUGGUGUUUUCUCUUCCUCUGAAGUGUCAGGAGGUGGACAGAACACACAGUAGAGCUACAAUCCACACUAACACACAGGACUCACAUUGGAGCUACAGCAACUCACACUUACUAACAAAAGACACACACACACACAACACCGCUAACAAACUCACUCUGUGUCUCUCACACACCCCCAGUGCGCCAGGUGUUCAGUAGAUGGUUGGCACCUGUGCCCACUUUGAUGUUUGAACUGUGCGUCUGUUGAGAGGUUUCUGUGUGUGCGACGUGCCAUUUUCAGGCCACUUCUCUGAACUGACGGGAGCAGAGAGCGCUUUACUUCCUUCCAGCAACCCUCCACACACGUACACACACACCUGUUUGCGUUACUGUGUCCUGGUCCUGGCUGUAAUGGGUGUCUCUAAAUGUUAACGAUGCAGUAUGACGUGGGGAAGACAGGUUUUUCCACACUGUGUGGAGUCUGGGCUCUGUGACAGUGCUACCACUACUGACUCAGCAACGUUAGGAAAAGUAGAAGAGGAUAAUGGAGGUGUGUAGAGAGUGUUAAGUCUCUCCACAGUGAUUUCAGUCUACGCAAGCGGAGUUACGCUUUCGUCGCGUGCCAAAAGUUCAGCCGCACAAAAGUACAUGGAGAGCUACGCAAACGAACCUCCAUCGGAUUCGUUGUGUAGACUGUAGAGCCUUUUUAAGCAGUAUAUUUCAUAAUCCAAACUGAACAAAAAUAUAAACGCAACAUUUAAAGUUUUGGUCCCAUGUUUCAUGAGCUGAAAUAAUAGAUCCCUGAAAUGUUCCAUACGCACAAAAAGCUUAUGUCUCUCAAAUUGUGUGCACAAAUGUGUUUACAUCCCUGUUAGUGAGCAUUUCUCCUUUGCCACGAUACUCCUGACAGGUAUGGCAUAUCAAGAAGCUGAUUAAACAGCAUGAUCAUUACACAGGUGCACCUUGUGCUUGGGACAGUAAAAGGCCACUCUAAAAUGUGCAGUUUUGUCACACAACACAAUGCCACAGAUGUCUCAAGUUUUGAGGGAGCGUGCAAUUGGCAUGCUGACUGCAGGAAUUUCUACCAGAGCUGUUAAAAGUGAAUGAAUGUUCAUUUCUCCACCAUAAGCUGCCUCCAACGUCAUUUUAUAGAAUUUGGCAGUAUGUCACAACCGGCCCCACAACCAAACCACGUGUAACCACGCCAGUGCAGGAACUCUACAUCUGGCUUCUUCACCUGCAGGAUCAUAUGUGACCAGCCACCCGGACAGCUGAUGAAACUGAGGAGUAUUUCUGACUGUAAUAAAGCCCUUUUGUGGGGAAAAACAUAUUCUGAUUGGCUGGGCCUGGCUCCAUGGCUGCGCCCCUGCCCAGUCUUGUGAAAUCCAUAGAUUAGGGCCUAAUGAAUUUAUUUCAAUUGACUGAUUUCCUUCUAUGAACUGGAACUCAGUAAAAUCUUUGAAAUUGUUGCAUGUUGAGUUUAUAUUUUCAUUCAGUAUAAUUCCAGUCAAGUGUGUCUUCAGUCCCAUGGGACACAUGUACCGAUAAUUUUUUGGGAUAAUGUCUGCUAAAUGACCAUAAUCGAAUGCCAGCCAGUGUCCAGAGGUUGGGGAUGGUGAGAAGCCUGAAACAAGACUGCACAGCAGAGGUGUGCAGUGAUGAGGAUCAUAGGGAGGACUACUCCCUACAAGGCUAUUCUUAAAUUGUUAUUGAAAUGUGGUGUGCUUUCUGGCGCCACAUGACUGUUGUAGAUUCACCCAAUGGGUACUUCAUUUUGGUAGUAGUGAAGGAGUAGCUAGCUAGCUACACCUAACGUUACUACGGAGUCCAUGAACUGCAGUAGCUGAGCUCAAACUUCAUCCGAGCCCUACUAUGGAGAAGCCACACAGACAGCAGGGACAGCGAGACACCUUGAUGACACCGUGCUGCCUGCCUGCCAUCUUUGCUUGCUCUUCCCUUAUGACCACCUUCCUCCGAUGACCAUUCAAGCCAUGAACUUUCCCCACCCUCUCAUGACCUUCCAUCUCAUGAAUGAUCCUAUUCUAAAUGGCUUGUCUUUUUUGUUGCUUUAAAGCACUUUGAGAUUAUUUAUGUAAUGAAUAGUGCUAUAAAAGUUUAAAUUAUUAUUAUGUCAUCAAUAUGAUUAUUAUUCCCCUUCCUGACCCCUGCCUUCUGAUCUCUGCAGGUUUCAGGAGCCACUAGCUAACAUGCUAACAGAGAGGCGGCGUACUGUGAGGGAGCAGAUGGAGGCUCUGCAGCAGCGGAGAGCCCUCCAGGAGACCCCUGGCCGUUCCACCCCCGUCGUCACGGGAUCACCCCCCAUGGUGCUGCUGCCACCUCUGCCUUGCCCCGCCCUCAUGCUCGACCACACCCAGAAACUACAGCUGCAGCAGCAAGUCCAACAGGUAGGCAGGCUCGCUCGUAAAACCUCAUUUUAAAAGAACUGAGGAAGUGAAGUUGGUGGAAUAUAACAUUAGAUUAUUGACACCAAUAAUGUUAAUUCCUCUCUAAAUGUUGAAAUAUUGACACAUGACACUGGUAGACUCACUGACCCCCUUGUCUGUUUUGUCUCUCUGUUCAGCACAUCCAGCUGCUGACCCAGGUACACCUGCUGUGCAGCCCUGUGGAGGCCCUGCACCACAAGGCCCACACCACCAAACAAUACCUGGUGAGUUACUGAGGCAGUCUCUCUCUCUGUCUCUCUUGCUCUCCUCUCUCAUGCUCCCUCCCUCUCUCUCACCUUUCUUUCUUCUCUCUCCUUCUCUCUGUCUUGUUCUCUCUCUUUCCUCUCCAUUCUCCCCUCUCUCCCUGUUGCCUUCCCUCCCGCUCUCUCUCCACCCUUCUCAAGUCUUAGUCUUCCAUUCCUUCCCUCCAUCUCCUCAUCCCUCUCUCUGUGUGCCCCCCACCCAGGAGGAGCUCCAGUCGUUUGCCCAGCGUGAGGAGGCGAUCAGGUCAGUCCGGGACCCAGGCUUCAGCAGCAUCUUCAGGGCCUGUAACCUCCAGGGGGCACUGUCUCUGGUCCAGGAGCAGGAGAGCUCUGUCUCACAAUCUGCUCCUUCUCCUCCAACCCCCCCAGCCAGGCCUCAAACACACUCUAACAAUGGUAAUGAACAGGGAGGUCUAGUGUGUGUAUGUGUGUAGUUCAUAUGUAAUGUAAAGACGUGAGUGUCUGAAUUGUCUGUACUGUAUGUACUAAAGAUAGUGUCUUUGUAAAUGGUAUCGAUAGCCUGUGUGUAGCUGUUUGGUGUUAUCUAUAUGUGUCAGAGGGUGGGUUUAGUGAAUUGCCUGAUGUUGUGGUUGUCCCUGCAGUGCGUACAUACCCUCUGCUGUCUGCUGAGACGGCCUGGCUGUUCGCCACCCGCUCCGUCUUCCUCUACCCAGAGCUCCUGCCCCACUGCAGCCUGGACCCCGCACUGCACCCCCCACGCACCAAGAACAACUUCUACACACGCGGAGAGGACAGGUACACGUGCACUCACACACAUUUACACAUGCUGCACGUCCUGAAAUGAGAGGGUCUGUCUCUCUAGCUAGCUCCAAAACCGUUCAUUGACCUUUCACCGACAUAGUUGGAACUAUGAGGACCUAUGUCAUCUUUACUGCUACAACCAAGCAUCAAAUUCCUCCUUGCAUGUUUGAAUGUUAGACUAAAAACUAGAUAUUUACUCACAAUGUGGAUUUUUGUUCCAGACUCAUUGUACUGGGGCUGAAGCACUUCAGCCAGACAGAGCUCCCCUACCAGCUCAUGUGUCGCUACCUCAUCCGUACCAAGAAGCAGGACCAGCUACGCUCCCGUGUCAAGGAGCUGUGUGGCCCCAAGGCAUCUGACAACACUAUCAAGGUGUGGACCUCACAACUCAUUGAUACUUAUCAGUCUUAAUGUUUUGAUCAUGCCUUGAUGUAACCACCUAUUGCCAUGUUGGGUGGACCAUGAAACCAUGGGAAAGAUAGAGCUUUAUCUGUUAUUUUCUUCUCUCUCAGUUGUACUGUCAGCACAACAUAGUUCCUGCCAUGCAGGAGACCUGUGGCAAGGUGAUGCCAGGGGAGGAGCGCCCCCCAGUGGAGAGAGAGAUGUCCGUCAUGCCCAACUGGCUACUGGUACAAAACUCACCACCACCACUAUCAGUAUUAGAAAAUGUGUCAUUCUCCAUUUUACUUCCCUAUUACUACUAAUAGGUACUAAUUCCUAUGUAAAUUGUUUCUCCUCUAUAGAAGAGUCUACCAUUCAUCCACAGGGGGGUGAUGGAGUAUAAUAAACCAUCCAGAAUACCUCCGCCUCCUCCAGCACCCCCUUACACCUUCCCCAAUGGGACGCGAUAUCCCCCAUCUCUCCCUAGAAAUGUCACUCUGCGCCUACACCCCUGCAUGAACUACAAAGGCGAGCGCCCAGCCAUCGCCCCCAAACCUCGUCCCUUCUACGCUUUCACCCGUUCUGCCCCCCUUCCGCCCCUAGCCAAAGCCCCGCCAGAUACACUCCGCUUUCUGCCUCAUGUUCCUGGACCUAUCCCCUCGCAAGGGGUCAUCCUAUUGGCCAAGGCCCCCAGCACUCCAAUCCGAAGGGCCCUGCCAUUGUCCCAGGCUCCUGUCACUCCUGCCCAUAGAGCAGUGCCAUUGGUCCAGGUCUCACCCUCCAUCCCAAUGGGAGUCCCCCUCUUUGGUCAGGGUGUGGUCACAGUGAUGCAAACGAGGCCCAAUCAAACAGAGAAAAAAACACCCUUCCGGGCUCCGCUUCGCAAUCUGCUGCCCAUCCAGCCAGCUACCCCAAAGCCAUCACCCCCAUCCCCCCUGUUUGCUCUUCCAGCAGAGAAUGGUGGUACUCCCUCAUUGGUCACUAACUCUGCCCGUCGUGCCUGUGCUGCUCCAAGAUUGGCCAAGCGGCCCUCACGCUCCACCCCUUCCCACCAGGACACUCAGGCUAAGACCAGAGCAGCUCUCGCCCGUACUCUGUCCAGGCCCCUCCUAGCUGCCCCACCCAGCUUGGAAGUUUCCCUGAACUAUCCCCCCACACCCCCGGAUAGCAGGCUCCAGCGCAAGUCUAGCCCUGUGUUCUUCUCUCACACGCCCUCUCCUCCUCUUAUCAUCAAAACCAGCUCUAUGAACCCCUCCCUGGACAAUCAGAACAGCGACUGGGGGCAACCAAUCCAUGCAGAGGUCAAAGAUGAAGUUGGGUUUGACCCAUCCUUAACCUACUCCCAGAACCUGUCUGGAUACACUCCGAAUGCUACAAAUACAGAUGCUUUUACACUCCAGUCUAGCAGCUCCAAUGCCAUUAUGUCUCCGUCAAUCAUCCAGAGCCUCUCACCCCCUAAGAAUGACCAGUAUGUACUGGUACAAACUGCGGCCCAUGGUUCUACUCAAAUGCUUUGGGUGCCUAAAAACUGCCUGGUCUCAAACGGGUCCGUGUCAUCCACUGCUUCAGAGAAUGGGUUUCACCGGUCUGAAAGCCUUCCUUUUGGUCUGUCGCCUGCACCCCAACUCAAUAUUACUGGGUUAACGAAUGGCAUACCUUCCUGCCUCUCGCCACUCACCACUUUACCUAAUGGCACCCAGGGCUACCAGCAAGCACUGAGUGUCCGGUUGCCCAGCGACAGUGUUCUGACCAGCGGAGACGCUCCCGGGUCGAGUUUAGAGGAGCAGCUGCACCGAUUGGUGGAGGGAUUACGGGAAGAUGGGGAGAAGGAGGGAUGGGGGGAUGUGGAGGGUCCUCUCCUGACACUUUCUGAGUCGUCCUCUGGGAGCCCCUGCUCCAGCCUGGAAAGCCAUGCUGAUGCCCUGGAGAGAAUGAUGGUUGGUGAGAUGGAGGAAGGGGAGGAUGGGGUGAAGAAGAAGAGGAUAGGGGGAGAAGAGAGGAGAGAGGUGGGGUUAGAAAGGUGGUGCAUGGCAGCUACAUCAACGCACAGACCUGACAUACCACCUGAGGGAAAUCGUGGUGAAGAGGAUGAGCGAUGGGAAGAAGAGGAGGGAGAGUGUGGUGUGCAUGGCAUGGGCAUGCUGAGUGGAAGGACUGUAGCACAGGAACAAACUGGAGGAGGAGAGAAGAUGAUGGAGAAGAGGGUGACCAAAGAGAAGGAGACAGUGGAGGAGAGGAGGAGAGAAAUGGAGGUAGGGAGAGAAACGGAGAGCAGGGUGGAGAUGGAAAGGGAAGUGGAGAGGGGGAGGGAGCGGGAGAAAAAGAUGGAGGACAGAACGGAGGAGGAGAGAAGGAUGGAGAGAAAGACGGGGAUGGAGAGCAGGAGAGGCAAGGGGAGGAGGAGGAAGAGGAGGACUUUGAUGACCUUACUCAGGAUGAAGAUGAAGAGGAAGUGAUGUCAUCAGCCUCAGAGGAGUCUGUUCUCUCAGUGCCCGAGCUGCAGGUACAUGAUUUAAAAGUUUAAGUCUGACUUUUUUGGCAUGAAAGUAGCAUAAGGUUACGUGUUCAGACAGCUAGCUAAUUUUCCUAUUUUUACAACAUUCUACCUUAAUAUAUCUAGAAAGUUAUGAAUAUUCUCUUCAUUAGUUCUCCAUUAGCCUGCUAACAGUCGCCCACCAUCCAUCCCACAGGAGACCAUGAAGAAGCUGACAUGGCUGGCCUCAGAGGGGAGGCUUUGUGACUCUGAGGAGGACAACUCUCCAAACUCCCCCACCUCACCCAACUCCCCCGUCUCCCAGAACUCCCAGGAGGAGAACUCUGAGGAGGAGGAGGGGCCCACCAAGGGGGAGGAGCUUGAGUCUGGGGACGGCAGUGUCAGUAAGGUCCCUGGAGAGGAGGACGUGCCCCCUGGGGAGGGAACCCCCAGAGCCAGUGGGAAGGGAGCUGGACGCGGCAGAGGUCAGUCUCAGGUCUAGGGGUGAUGGAGACCCACUACAAAAUGUUUUCAUGUUCUCAGAAAUGGUCUACUAAGUAUUCAGUUCCAUAUGAGUACUAAUUAUAAUCCUUGUUUUGUAUCUUCUCUCUUUUCCUGUGGUUGGGUACCCUCAGGGCGAGGCAGGCCUCCUCCUCGCAGUCUGAGGCGUAGUCGUCGUCCGGAGCGAGACAGUAAGGACACGUCCAAGCUGCUGCUGCUCUAUGACGACCACAUUCUAGACAACGACCCCCUCAGAGAGAGCAAGGACUUCGCCUUUGCACAGGCCUACCUCAACAGGGUAAGGGAACAAAAAUGGAUUUGGUGUUUUUUGUAAAGUGGAUUUUGGAUCUCGGGUAGCAUACUCGAAAUGACAUACUUCAAAACAAGUUGCAUAGCAUUAGUUGCAGUUAUCCAAUAAAACAAAAAAGGUAAACUUUAACCCUUGACCCCAUCUUCCUCCUUCAGGUGCGGGAAGCCCUUCAGGACGUACCUGGUAAGGUGGAGGAGUUCUUGGGGAUACUAUAUGAGUUUGAGCAGCUGGGUGAGGGGCGUAGCGCAGUGAAGCUCUUCUCCCAGCUCCGUCCUGUCCUGGGGGAAUGGCCAGACCUCCUCAGAGACUUUGCUGCCUUCCUCCUCCCGGAGCAGGCUUUGGAGUGUGGCCUGGUAAGGAUGACAUCACAGCCGCUUAUCACUUAAUAUUGGAUAUUUUCAUAGAUGCUUAUUCAGGUACUUAUUAAGGUUCAGGCCCAAUGUAACAGAAAGUUCAUAUAUAAAUAUAAUGAUGUAGAACAAACAUUUUUAUUUUUCAUGUAGCCGAAUACAUUGUAGUGAAUCUGCAAAGUUCUAACUGCUGAAAAAGCCAUUAAUACUCUUCAACUAUGUGAUGUUUUCUGUCCUGUCCAGUUUGAGGAGCAGCAGGCAUUUGAGCGCAGUCGACGCUUCCUGAGGCAGCUGGAGAUUAGUUUUGGGGAAAACCUGUCUCACUACCAGAAAAUCGUACGUGCUCUGCAGGGGGGACCUGGCCUCAGUCCUGCCAGCAUAGAGGAGGUAUGUCAGUAUUCUAUACCAUUCACAUUAGUUGUCACCACAGUAAACCAAUGUUAAAUCACCAAUGUAAUCCACCUCUGCUUUCUACAGCUUAAAGCACAGAUGUCCUCCCUCCUGAAAGGCCACACCCACUUGCAAGGGGAAUUCUGGGUAUUCUUUGACGAGCUCCGCCCACCCUCAGCCCGUCCAGGGCAGUUUGAGGAGGCUUGUUGGCUGGAGGAGGCAGGGGGCGGAAUAGACGGAGGCGAGGGUGUUGGGUUGGGGUCAGGGGGAGGGGCAAGUGGUGGUUUUGAAGAAGUGACCCUCCCUGAUCUAGAGGAAGAAGAGAUUCCACCAAUGACCAGUCGCAGACGGAGGAGGAAGAUCGGUUCUCAUGGCAUCUACAAGGUUUGAUGAAAUGUGGACGGUGUAGUUAGUUGAUUUCUAAUUGCAUUUGCAAUUAUGAUUCUGAUUUGGCUGGUUGUCUUCCUUCACAGGAAUGUGAUUGGCCAGAAAAGGACUGCUUCUGCCUCUGUCAUGGUGCCAGCCAUGAUGCCAAGCUUCGCAGACACAAGAGGAAAGGAUGCUCUCGCUGCCACGGCAACAAGGUAGCCUCAUAGUCUAGUGUUUUGUUGUUCUAAACUGCCUGUGAAUAAAAUGAGUGAGAGUUAUGGAGAUGUGACAUGCGUUCUUCUCUCAGGCCUCUGAUGGCGUCUCCAGGGCAAUGAAGAGCCUUGACCCCUUGUACCCCACGGCAACCAGCCCCACUGCCGACCUCCACACUGAGACAGGCGGGGAGGAGAGGGAGGAAGAGAGGGAAGACGAGAAAGAGGAGGAGAGGGAGGAAGAUAAAGAGGAGGAGCAAGAGGUGGACGCUGAAGUAAAAGAUGAAGUCGACAGUGGGGCCAACAGUCCACAUUCUGGUAAGAAUUGCACUUCCUUUGCUGUGUGAAUUAAUGUUGUUGUCAUUAUUUGGUAAAAAGCAACUAAAGUAAAACCGAUCUACAUAAGUAAUGGCUGAAAAACAUUGUAUGUUACCUAUAGAAUGCAAAACUUUAAAGAGCGACUGCCCCUAAAAAGCAACUUCUUGGGCCUCCUGAGUGGCGCAGUGGUCUAAGGCACUGCAUCGCAGUACUAGAGGCGUCACUACAGACCUGGGUUCGAUCCCGGGCUGUAUCACAACCGGCCGUGAUCGGGAGUACCAUAGGGCGGCGCACAAUUGGCCCAGCGUCGUCCGGGUUAGGGGAGGGUUUGGCCAGGGGGGCUUUACUUGGCUCAUCGCGCCCUUGUGGUGGGCCGGGCGCCUGCAGGCUGACCUCGGUCAUCAGUUGAAUGGUGUUUCCUCUGACACAUUGGUGCGGCUGGCUUCCGGGUUAAGCGGGCGGGUGAUGUUUCGACCUUCACCUCCCGAGCCCGUUGGGGAGUUGCAGCGAUGAGACAAGAUCGAAAUUGGGGAGAAGUUUUUUUUAUGUGGCAUCGAUAUGAGUCAUAAAGUCAGUCUUGUCCAAAACUGAGAUUUGCUAGAUGAUAGGAACAAAUUGUAUGUCACAGAAUGAAGGGUACUGUUUUCCUUGGUUUGGGUUUAUUUCAAUCCUGCCCACAGCUGGUAGCACCCAAGUAAUCAUCAAUUCGGAGCAGCUGCAGGCGACCUGAUUGUAAUGCCUAUGGUCAAUUUGGUUUGACAUUCAAUAUCCCUAUGGGGCUAGUUGGGGACCAUGAGUAAAUGUCACAUUGUACACGGGACACAUUUUUACAUGUCAAUGGUGCCAUAUUUCUAUGACUUAACCUCAAACCAACUAUACAUUUUAGAAUUGGGUAUACAAAUAUUGGAAGCAUUUAAUGAGACAACUAAAAGAUGUACAACGUUAAAAUAUUGUCCCAUUUCCAUUGUGUAAUUCAUUGACUGUCCCUGACUAGCCCCAGAGAGGCUAUUCAAUGUCAAACCAACUUUGCCACAGUCGCACACCAGCCGGCUGAAGUUAAAUAGCGAAAUAAGUUUGCUAGCACUAGCUAGCCUAGACGACUUCAAGACACAAGACCUGGUCAAGUUAUCUAUACUGAACAAAAAUAUAACGCAACAUGCAACAAUUUCAAAGAUUUUACUGAGUUACAGUUCAUAUAAGGAAAUCAGUCAAUUGAAAUAAAUUCAUUAGGCCCUAAUCUAUGGAUUUCACAUGACUGGGAAUACAGAUAUGCAUCUGUUGGUCACAGAUACCUAUUUUUUACAAAAAAAAGGUAGGGGCGUGGAACAGAAAACCAGUCAGUAUCUGGUGUGACCACCAUUUGCCUCAUGCAGCGUGAAACAUCUCCUUCGCAUAGAGUUGAUUAGGCUGUUGGUUGUGGCCUGUGGAAUGUUGUCCCACUCCUCUUCAAUGGCUGUGUGAAGUGGCUGGAUAUUGGCGGGAACUGGAACACGCUGUUGUUCACGUCGAUUCAGAGCAUCCCAAACAUGCUCAAUGGGUGACAUGUCUGGUGAGUAUGCAGGCCAUUGAAGAAAUUGGGACAUUUUCAGCUGCCAGGAAUUGUGUACAGAUCCUUGCAACAUGGGGCCGUGCAUUAUCAUGCUGAAACAUGAGGUGAUGGCGUCGGAUGAAUGGCACGACAAUGGGCCUCAGGAUCUCGUCACAGUAUCUCUGUGCAUUCAAAUUGCCAUUGAUAAAAUGCAAUUGUUGUCCGUAGCUUAUGCCUGCCCAUACAUACCAUAACCCCACUGCCACCAUAGGGCACUCUGUUCACAAUUUUGACAUCAGCAAACCGCUUGCCCACACAGCGCAAUACACGUGGUGGUGAUGGCCGAUUGGACGUACUGCCAAAUUCUCAAAAACAGGCAGGUGAAGCUGAAAAACUAGGGCCAAAUCAGGAAGUUCAGCCCCCUUUUAAACUUUUUCACACAUUGCAGAUAAACAACCAUUAUGCUUUUCAGAAGAGCAAGGAGCCCCUUCAUGGGAGGGUCCUGGGGAAGGCUCACUCCCCCUCCCUGAGGAGAAGGAAGAGGAAGAUGACGAAAUUGAGGAGGAUGAGGAAGAAUGGAACGAUGGGGAGAGAGAACACAGCCCCUCGCCAAAGAAGAGUAAGGGGGAUGGAGAAGGCUCGGGGGUGUCUGAUGGCCCCCCAACACCCCUUAGCGGGGAGAUGGAGAACCCCCUGACCCCCCUGCAGCCUUGUCCCAGCCCCCCUUCCGAUCCCCCUGUGUGUGCUAAAAACAUCUCCCUCACUGCCAGUGGGGAGAAGGUCAUACUCUGGACAAGGUGAGAGAGACAAGCCUGAAAAUGUUUGGUCUUUGUUUAAUGUUUUUAAAAGGUUUUUGUUAAAGAGUGAUAAUCCUCUUUGGGUUACAGGGAGGCUGACCGUGUCAUUCUAACCACCUGUCAGCAGCAAGGUGCCAAUCGGAGUACUUUCCAGGCAAUUUCCACCCAACUUGGCAAUAAGACACCCAAUGAGGUGAAGCUUGUUUUUUGUAACCAAACUAUAAAAGAUCCAACAGUAAUGCACUUGUUAAAUUCUUGGCUUGUGAAAUGAACCCUAGUCCACUGACUCCUUUACCUCUCUCUUGUCCAGGUGUCUCGGCGGUUUCGGGACCUGAUGCGCCUGUUCCACACCGCUGCCCGCCAGGUCAACUUAGAGGACGAUGCUGUGGCCACUGAACAGCAGAUAGUCACAGACGAGGAGCAGGACUGA